AUGGCCGACUCCACUAUUUCCCACACGACCCCGGGUUCGCCGGCGAGCCCCGCUUCCGAGGCCGGCAGCUUGGACGUCCAGCCCGGAGGUGAUGCUGCUGAGCAAUUCCCGGUGUUGCAGCACAAGAGCAAAGGCCGGCAAAGACUUUUGAGGGGUCUGCAGCGGAUAUCGUCUUCGCAGAGCCUCCGUGCCCGAAUCAGCCGUCCCAGAGCGUCGAGCGCCCCGUAUAGAAGCUCGGCUUCUUCGCUGUCGUGUGUGAGCCUGGCUUCGACGCCGUCACCGUUUGGCCAACCGAGCAGCAGUUCCUCCUACUUUUCGUUUGGAGACGUGUCAACCGCCCCGACUUCCGUUGCCGCAACGCCGGCUGUCGAGACACCGGGUUAUGAUGGCAUCGAGUCUGUCUUGGCGGUUCGCAAGGUUGACCACCCCGUUUCGGCGCCGAUGACCAUCUCUUUGCCGACGGAAAUCAAGAAGAGGGCCAAGAUUUUCAAUUUCUGGGACACGAUACCGAAUGAGAUCAAAAUCUAUGUUCUCUCGUUCCUCUCGCCAAAAGAGCUUGUCCGGAUCUCACGAGUGUCAAAGAGGUUCCAUGAGCUGUGCUUUGAUGGCCAGCUUUGGACGGAAUUCGACGCCUCAAAGUUCUACAGAGAGAUCCCAGCCGAGUCGUUGACCAAGAUUCUGGAAACGGCCGGACCGUUUGUGCACGAUCUCAACCUCAGGGGCUGCCUCCAAAUCGAGCACAUGCAACGGGCUCAGCGCUUGGUUGCUGCCUGCCACAACCUCUACAGCACUUCGUUGGAAGGGUGCCGUAACUUCCAACGGCCGACUCUACACACCCUCCUCAAGGCUAACAACCAGCUCGUUCACCUCAACCUCACCGGCCUCCCAGCAGUCAACAAUGCCACCUGCAAGAUCAUCUCCCGGGAAUGCCCCGACUUGGAGACCCUCGAUGUUUCUGGUUGCAAACAAAUGGACGCCCGCGGCAUCCGAUUUGUCCUCGAAGGCUGCCCCAAACUCCGCGACCUCCGCGCGAGCAGUGUCCGCGGUUUUUCGUCCGACGCCGACGUAGCAACCGCCAUCUUUUCGACCAACAACCUCGAGCGACUGAUCCUAUCCAACUGCUCCGACAUGACAGACGACACCUUCAGAACCAUGAUCUUGGGACCAACCCCCGAAUUCGACAUGCUCACCAACCGCCCUCUAACACCCCCUCGCAAACUCCGCCACCUGGACCUCACCCGCUGCAGCCGCCUAUCAGACAACAGCAUCAAAUCCCUCGCCCACGUCACCCCCCACCUCGAAGGCCUCUCCCUGUCGAACCUCACCCAGCUGACCGACUCGGCCCUCGACCCAAUUUUCGCCUCAUGCCCCAACCUCACCCACCUCGACCUGGAAGAGUUGCCUCAUUUAACCAACUCUUCAUUCACGGCCCUGUCUCGAGCCCCGUGCUCGACAAAGCUGGAGCACCUCUCCAUCUCGGGGUGUGACUCUGUCUCGGACGUGGGGAUGCUACCCGUUUUUCAGGCGUGCACAAGCCUGAAAUCAGUCGUGAUGGACAACACCCGCAUUUCGAACCUUACUCUUACCGAGGCGGCCGAUAUGGUUCGGAACCGAAGCCUAUCCCCCCCAUCAUCGGCUUCUUCUUCUCCUCCCCUCCCGAGGACUACGCUUAAGCUGACGGUGUAUGAUACCCCCCUUGUCACCUGGACGGGGGUUCUCGAGAUCCUAUCUAGGAACUCGGAGCCUCUGAUGGCAAGACCGGCAAAGGAUGGGGUUGUUGAGAUUGGCGGGGGGGGGAAAGGGAAGGAGGUGAUUGGACUGAGGUGUUUUCAUACGUGGCAGAUGACUGUCGAUGAGCAUACGAGGCGGGUGCUGAAGGGGGAUCUGGGGGGUGCGAGGAGGGUGGAGAGGAAGUGGGCCGAGUACAUGCAGGCGGAGAACGAGAUGGAGGUUGCGGGGGGGUGGAGGAGACGGAGGAGGGUGACGGCGACGAGGGCGGUGUUGGAGGAGGAUCAGGGGGUGCACCAGCAGGGGCACAGGGGGAGGGAGAGGGGGAGGACGGUGGGGUGUGCGGUUAUGUAA